UGGAGAGCUAACAAGCGAACAGCAACAGCAACGACAAUGAGUGGCAACCGGAAAAAAGUUGCAGUUUACAGACUGCAGUCUCUAGCGCCAAGGAACAGAGCUCGUUUUUUAAAAUGUUCCUGUCAACUCACACUGGACCCAAACACAGCGCAUAGAGAGCUCUGUCUGUCUGAAGGGAACAGAAAGGUGACACGGAGUAGAGAGACCCAGCCAUACCCUGAUCACCCAGAGAGAUUUUACAGCUAUCUCCAAGUGCUUUGCAGAGAGGGUCUGUCUGAGACUCGAUGUUACUGGGAGAUUGAGUGCAGUGGGAGAGGGAAUUUUAUAGGAGUCACAUAUAAAGGAAUCAGCAAGAAAGGGGAUAGUUCCUGUAUCCUUGGAUCCAAUGACAAGUCCUGGAGUUUGGAAUGCUCUGGUUCCAGUUACUAUGCCUGGCACAAUAACAAUCACACUGCAAUAACUGCCCCUCGCUCACCCAGAAUAGGAGUGUAUCUGGACUUUAAUGCUGGCAUUCUGUCAUUUUAUAGAGUCUCUGACACAAUGACCCUCCUGCACAGAUUCCAAACCACAUUCACUGAGCCGCUCUAUCCUGGGUUUAGGCUUUAUUGUUAUGAUUCUACUGUGACAAUCUGCCAGCUGAACUAGACUGUUUUGUGUUGUAAGAAACCCUUUGUAUUGAACUCCCUGUCUGUCCUCUCCACUCCUCGGGUGAAGGGAAUGUUCAAUCUGACACAACUGUGGAUGAAAGUUAGGGGGUAAAAUGUCACCACCGCAGAAAUAAGGUUAAUUAUUUGUUUUUACACUUGGAGCCGAGGCAGCCUCAUUUUCACUGUUUAACCUCUCAGGUUAGUAUUUUUGUAAUUGUAAACACACAACUGUACAGCAUAAAAUGUUAAAUAUUUACUGAGUAUUUAUAGAUUACAAACACAUAAAUAGCAACAAGUUGUAAACAUAGUUGGCAUCUCUGCACAGUGCUAGAAUUCCCACAGCAAGUACUGAUAAGUAUAUCUUAAGGUGAUUGCAGCUCACUAAAUAAUUCCACAUUGUGUACCUAUAUUGCACUUCCAUUGGCUACAUAGGUCUCAAAUGUGCAGUUUUGAAAAGAUUCUCAGAAAACCAUGUUCUUGUUUCGAAUUGGAUUUUGUCUAUCAAAUUGAUAUUUGUAGACAUUUAUAGUACAGUGCUGUCUCGCUAUAAGACUCUCGCUUAUAACACACCUUGGAUAUAAUGCUCCUACAGCAUGUCCCCCAAUUCCCUAUACUAGUGAUUCAUGCAAUAUUUCUACAGUAAGUACAGUACCAGUGUUGUUCAAAAUGUACACAACUUCUCAGUCUAACUUCUGUUUCUGUCUCUUGAUACACUAUCUGAACUAAAGAAAAGCUGCGCUGGCACUUAUUCAGCAUUUGUUUUAUAACUAAAUAAAUAUUAGGCCUAUUAUCUUUCCUAAUGUAUUUACUUUUUUGCUGCAAGAGGAGAUGUGGCUUUCUCUGGAAUACAAGACGCUUCAGCCCCGCUCCAGCAGCCGAACCCAGGCGAACACAGUCCCUCCACCCACUCUCCUUCUCACACUUGGUUUGCUUGUCUAUCGCUUUGAACUGAACUUCUGCCCGCCGUUUAGCCAGGCUAUUUAUAGUUUAGAAACUGCUAAUUAAAUUGAUCAAUGAGUGGGAAUGUUACCUUUUUUUUGUAAAAAAGAUAGUUUUGAUUACAGGGUGCUUUUAUGCAUGGUUAAUUCACAGAAUGUUAUAUUUUUCUGCUUCACAGUAUAUGAGUUAUAGAGAGGGAGUUAUUUUGUAUUGUUAUGUGUCCCAUGGUGGUCCCCACCCACUCCCCCGUUUACAACGCUCUUUGGUUAUAACGCUCAUAUUGUGUCCCCCCUGAGACCCACAUUAUAGUGAGGGAGCACUGUAUCUAUCUGAACUAUUUGGGAUUUAGCUACAUCUAGCAAAUCUAUAAACCCUGGGGCUUCACACAUACGUUUAUAUAGGCAAUCAACAGGUAAAAUAUGCUUUUUCCUCAUGUUAUUUUUUUUAAUUGUUUUGUUUAUUUUAAAAAUAAUGUAAUGAAAUAUCAUCACAAGAAAGAAGACAUUUCCGUGGAUAUCAUAAAUCUCAAUCAAUUUGCCCCCUUCAUAGUAAAUGCAUUACAUGGGCAAUCUGCCCACAGUGGAAAAGCAGGAACAUAUUUUAACCCUGGCCUUUGGUGCCCUCUUGAGGACAAUCUCUGCAGCUGCACAGAGCCUGAUUUGAAGGGAAUUCACUUGCCGAGGUUCCAUUUGAAAUGUUGGGAAAUAUUCACAAAACCUUAAGGACUGUUCUGAGGACUGUUUUAUUAAUGACUGUUGAUAAAAAUACAAUUUUGGAGGUAUAAAUCAAGUUAAAUCAAUACAUAUUUAUAAUCAGGUUUCCUUGGUCACCACAGCACCAAAGGGACAUUAUGGCCCUUGUGAGAGUCCAACAAAGGGUAACUAGACUAAUCCCUGGUCUUAAAGUAGGCUGAAACAACUGAACCUAGGCUGGAACAAAGAGGAAUUAGGGGGCCAUGACUGAAGUUUUUAAAAUCUUAAAAGGAGUUGAUAUAGUUAACCUGAACCAUUAAUUUAAGCACAGAAAAGAACUGAGACUUAGGACAGGGGGAAAGUGACACUUCUUCAUAGAAGAGUGGUGAGGGUAUGGAAUGGGUUACCUAGUCAUGAUGCUGAGGCAGAAUCACUGGGAUCCUUGAAAAUCCACCUUGACAAAGUUCUGAGAUCAAUCAGCUACUAGGAACCGGAUAAGCUUUAAGAUGCGCUGAACAGUCUCCUCUCUUUUGUAAACACUUAUGUUAUUAAAGUCACCAAGUCUUUUGUAAUAAUAAACCCAGAGGUCAAUGAUAGGAAGACUGUCCAUCACCGUUUUGUUUCAGUCUGAAGCCUUUGUUUACUUUACUGAAGUAAUUAAUCUUGAGUUUUCAAAGAUUGUCUUUAUCUUAUUAUUUAUUUCUUAAAAUAAAAGUAGAUUUAUUCAGCAAAAUUUCUCUUGGCUCAGGCCAAUGUGGCAAUAAUUAAGAACAUGAAAACUAAGUUUUAAUGGACAUGUUUGUUAUUUUUAGUAGCAUCCAGAGUUUAGACUGAAUUUAUAAACUCGCUGAUACGCUGGACUUGUUUAAGAUGAUCUGGGGUACAGGAUAUGUGGUUUGUGGGGUUGAGAAUGAAAAUCUUUCUUUCGAUGUGUAAUAAUUUUCUAUGUACAGAUUUGAAUUGUGUAAUGGUGCAUGAUUACUCUGUCUGUCUCUCUCUCUCUCUCUCUCUCUCUCUCUCUCUCCAUAUCCGUUCAAAAUUCAGACAAGUAUUCAAAUAUUCAUUCAUUUGCAAAAUGUAACCAAAGCGAUUAUAUGUAACACUGUAUUAAAGUAAAUAAAAUA